CCAAAACUGGACAGAUCAGCUUUCAGGAAAAGAGAGCGGAUGAGGCUAGCUAGCAGCUAGCUGCUAAGCUAACGAAGCUAGCGCGGAGAAAGGCGUCGCCGGGCGCCGGUCAGAAGGAGUCUACUCCUGCACACCGUGACCAGGACUUCUCGGAAGACAGCAGGAACUUCACUCGGUGACAGAAAACACCGUGAGUAUGGCUUCCUGCGCGUCUUGCACCUUACUCACGGAGAGGCUGGCUCUGCUAGAGGGCCGUGUCCGCCAGUUAGAGCAGAGUAAUCUCGUAACUUUAGAUGUUGCGGACACAUCUGCUAGCGUUAGCUGUAGCGAGCUAACUAGCCCAGCCUGUAGCAGUCCUAAGCGGCCUACAAGCUACGGUGUACCUGUUGAGACGCAUAAUAGAUUUAGCUCUUUAGCUAGUCCUACACCCCAGUCUACCGGGCACCACACCUUAGUCAUAGGGGACUCCAUCACCCGAAACAUAAAGCUUAGCAAACCAGCCACAAUUAAGUGCAUCCCGGGGGCCCGAGCACCUGACAUUGAGGCUAAUCUUAGGGAGCUAACUCGCAACAGGCCUAGUAAACACGUACGACAGGCUAAUCGCACCACUAGUUAUGCGAAUAUAGUUGUACGCGUUGGCUCCAAUGACACUAGAAUGAGACAGUCAGAGAUUACAAAGAGAAACAUAGCCAGGACUUGUGAUCUCGCUAGAAAGAUGUCCAGGCAUCGAGUAAUUGUCUCUGGCCCCCUGCCUGCGAGAGGCAAUGAUGAGAGAUAUAGCAGAUUAGUCUCGCUUAACAAGUGGCUGGCUAGCUUCUGUAGACAACAGGGACUAACGUUUAUUGAUAAUUGGCCCUCUUUCUGGGGCAAACCAGGCUUGCUGAUGAGGGACGGCCUUCACCCUAACCAGGAAGGCGCCAUCAUCCUGUCUAAGAAUAUAGACUACUGUUUAAGUCACAUUUGACUAACUACACUAGAGCAAGCCCGGCCACAGGCAAUUACAGAGCCUGCUAGUCCGGGUGAGGAGUCAGUUAAGCUAGAACUAGCCAGCACCAGGCUGGAUAAUUCCUGUACGCAUAGCAAUUUUCUUAGAAUAACACACAACUCACAUAAUGUGUUUUCUGUUGUGAAUGUGUCCGGGGUAGAUAUGCAUUCUACUGAGGUGGCAAAUCAUGAUGCGUUCAGUCGAUCGCAGCAUCAAGCAAACAAUCUGAAAAUUCCCGUCGUAUCAAUCCCUAGAUAUGGUCGAAACUAUUUAAAGUACACUACGUAUAAUAAACGCAACAUUAUUAAUAUUUCUACUACGGAUAAUUUAAACAAAAACUCGUCAAAACAGCCCAAUACUCAUAAUAUGGGCUUUUUAGACAUAAGAUCAUUGUCUCCCAAAACGUUAUUAGUUAAUGAGGUCAUUAGAGACAACAAUCUUAACGUCAUUGGUCUUAGCGAAACCUGGCUCAAACCAGACGAAUC